CCUGCCUCCCAUUCGGCUCUCUGGUCUCGGCGGUAAGAUGGCGGCUGCCGCUGAGUGCGAUGUAGUAAUGGCGGCCACCGAGCCAGAGCUGCUCGGCGACGACGAAGCAAAGAGGGAAGCAGAGUCUUUCAAGGAACAAGGAAAUGCAUACUAUGCCAAGAAAGAUUACAAUGAAGCUUAUAACUAUUAUACAAAAGCCAUAGAUAUGUGUCCUAAAAAUGCUAGCUAUUAUGGUAAUCGAGCUGCCACAUUGAUGAUGCUUGGAAGGUUCCGGGAAGCUCUUGGAGAUGCACAGCAGUCAGUGAGGUUGGAUGACAGUUUUGUUCGGGGACAUCUACGAGAAGGCAAGUGCCACCUCUCUCUAGGGAAUGCCAUGGCAGCAUGUCGCAGUUUCCAGAGAGCCCUAGAACUGGAUCACAAAAAUACUCAGGCACAACAGGAGUUCAAGAAUGCUAAUGCGGUAAUGGAGUAUGAGAAAAUAGCAGAAAUGGAUUUUGAGAAGCGGGAUUUUCGGAAGGUUGUUUUCUGCAUGGAUCGUGCCCUAGAAUUUGCCCCUGCCUGCCAUCGCUUCAAAAUCCUCAAAGCAGAGUGUUUAGCAAUGUUGGGUCGUUAUCCAGAAGCACAAUCUGUGGCCAGUGAUAUAUUACGAAUGGAUUCCACCAAUGCGGAUGCUCUGUAUGUACGAGGUCUUUGCCUUUAUUAUGAAGAUUGUAUUGAGAAGGCGGUUCAGUUUUUUGUACAGGCUCUCAGGAUGGCUCCUGAUCAUGAGAAGGCCUGCAUUGCUUGCAGAAAUGCCAAAGCACUUAAAGCAAAGAAAGAAGAUGGGAAUAAAGCAUUUAAGGAAGGAAAUUACAAGCUAGCAUAUGAACUGUACACAGAAGCCCUGGGGAUAGACCCCAAUAAUAUAAAAACAAAUGCUAAGCUCUACUGCAAUCGGGGUACGGUUAAUUCCAAGCUUAGGAAACUAGAUGAUGCAAUAGAAGACUGCACAAAUGCAGUGAAGCUCGAUGACACUUAUAUAAAAGCCUACUUGAGAAGAGCCCAGUGUUACAUGGACACAGAACAGUAUGACGAAGCAGUGCGGGACUAUGAGAAAGUGUAUCAGACGGAGAAAACAAAAGAACACAAACAGCUUCUGAAAAACGCACAGCUGGAGCUGAAGAAGAGCAAGAGGAAAGAUUACUACAGGAUUCUGGGGGUGGACAAGAGCGCCUCUGAGGAUGAGAUCAAGAAAGCCUACCGGAAACGGGCCCUGAUGCACCACCCAGAUCGGCACAGUGGAGCCAGUGCCGAGGUUCAGAAGGAAGAGGAGAAAAAGUUCAAGGAAGUCGGAGAGGCCUUUACCAUCCUCUCUGAUCCCAAGAAAAAGACUCGCUAUGACAGUGGACAGGACCUGGAUGAGGAGGGCAUGAAUAUGGGUGAUUUUGAUGCAAACAAUAUCUUCAAGGCAUUUUUUGGCAGUCCUGGGAGCUUCAGCUUUGAAGCAUCUGGUCCGGGGAAUUUCUUUUUUCAAUUUGGCUAAUGAAUGGCAACCACCCGGAACGCAGAAAUGCAGACUCACUCAGUUGAACCUUGAAUGUGGACACAAUUCACCUCCUCCCUUCAUCAUGUCUUCGUGCACUUAGAGCAGUUUCAUUUUCUCAGUUGGAUACUCCAUGUCUGUGUGAGUGGGGUGAAGAAAGGGAGCCAGUGCCGAAGACUGGGAAGGGAUGGGAGGUGGGGGGGUGAACAGGGAGGCAGCCUGUGAAUUUUUGUUUUACUGUUUAACUUUAUUAAAAAAGAAAAAAAAGAAGAGAAUAAAAUGUU